AUGAAUUCGCAAAUAUCCAACUUGGUAAUCAUCCUUGUGAUGAUGCAGGUGUCGAAGAAAAUCCCAUUCGAGAAUCCUGAAGUCCUGCUUGGCGUGCGCACCAUGUACAUCGCCUCAAAUAUCAUAAUCGCGUCUCUCUACCUCUAUGUAUACACUCAGAUCAACAAAAAGAAGGAUAUGACAACCCUGAAAUAUGUUGAACCCGCGCCAAUCGGCUCUGGCGAAGAGCCUCGCCCGGUUGUCACAACCGUUCAAGACUACGACAAGCAGCAACUGCGCUCCCAGCUCAAAACCCAACUCAUGGGCGUCGGAAUGAUGUGCGUUAUGCAUCUUUACUUCAAGUACACCAACCCUCUCGUCAUCCAAUCGAUCCUUCCUCUCAAGGGCGCCUUGGAAGCCAGCCUUGUGAAGAUCCACGUUUUCGGACAACCGGCCAAGGGCAAAUUGGAAAGGCCUUGGAAGGCUGCAGGUGGACUUAUGGGUAUGGGUCAAGGUGAAGUUAAGAGCGACAAGGCAAGCGUUGAGCAGGCCGAAAAGACCUGGAGGGGUGGCGCCAAGGACGAGUGA